AAAGAAAUCUGGUAGUUAAUUCGCUUUCAUGGUCAUACCUUUAAAAUCCACUCGUCGAUUGGCUGAUUCGAAGACUUCCUGAACUGAAAACAUGUUAAAGAUGCUUGAACACUUCCUAGUUUCGUAGUUCCGUUUGUUCUGCAAGGUGACGCGUUUCCCCCUUGUUAUUUCAUGGUGUUUUACGAUCAAGUUCAUACCGAACACUGUCAGUUUAAAGACUAUGAAGAUGGUUGCUACUCCUCUCCAAACACACGUGAAGCCAUACGAAGCGCCCGCGAGCGUUGCAUCUGAACAAACCUGCACUCCAGGAUCUUGUGGCAAGUUCAACUACUACGACAUUCCUAAAUAUUACGGCGGGCUGUUCAAGACCGAGUCUGAGAUCCGCCAGGUGGAGAAGGCGUGGGGUUCGAAACACCGCAGGGAGUUUGGCAGCAAGUGGAUGACGUUUUGGAUCAUGUUGCUUCACGGUAUGAAGAGGACGAAAAGUUCUACGGUCAGUUCCAACCACUGGCACGAUUAUGACCAGUGCUGCCCAACGACAUACGAUUACGUCGCUUACCAGUCGAUGAUAAAUAUCUAUGGACAGCGAAAAUUCCUCGUUCAUCUUAGCAUGCUAAAUCCACCAAAGUAUCAGUGGAUUCGAACUGGAAGGUGCCACUCAGCGCCACACUUUUGUUACGGAACUUGCAGGAUAGAAGACAUCACCUUAUUCAUGCUCGUGUUCGACAUCAGUAAAUACCCACCAUUCUCGUUCGAUGCGUUUUCCGUCCGGGGAUACUGCUCUUGUAAAAGCUCCUGGGGUGUCAAACACGUUCAGCCAAUCACAGAUGAAUUGAAAACCACAGAUGAAGUCAGUUAUAAAAGCAGUAAAACUGUUAAACUGUAAAUUAAAUCCCGACCACACCGAUAGGUCCCAGUGGCGGAUCUAAGGCCCACCCCCACCCCCUAAAUUUUGCGACAGUUAAUAUAUAUAUUUUUUUCUUCUUAAUUUUUUCAUUGGAGGCUCCCUAAAUGGAUUUUCUGGAUCCGCCACUGGGUCAUCCCGGAAUUAUGAUCAGAUUCCAGAUCCAUAUUUUAAAUAUUUUAUAUGAUAUGGAAAAAAGAGAGUAUUUAUUACCGUGACAACCGUAAACAAGUUAAAAUUAUAAUGUUUAUAGUAUUCCGUCCCUGUGUCGAGUAUGUGUGCUUGCAAAACAUAACUGAUAAUGCUGACGAGUCCAAAUGAGCGGCUCCGGUGCAAUGAUGAAAUAGCCUUCUUCUUUAUUGUGAUGUUUAGCAUAGCUUCAGUCAGUUUUAAACAGAUUAGAGCAAAACUGUUUUGUGCUCAUUUAAACUGUUAAACUGUAAACAGUGUGUUGCAUAGCAUUACAAGUUAAAAUGUGGCACAUUAUAGUAUAUAUAAUUUUCUCCAGCUGAACAAAAGGACAAUAUAUAUAUAUACUCUUCAGAAAAAGUAAGGGAACCUGAAUUAUUAAUGUUAAUAUCAACUAUUAGACCGAAAACACGUUUUGACCACAGACAUCCUAGUAAAGAACAUUCAGGUCCGUUUAUCAACACACCGAAACACAUUCCAUAGUUUGCAUGUGCAUCACGCAGCUGCCCCGUAAAGUGCGUGGGGUGUCAUUCUCGAUUUUGACAAUUUCCAGGAAGGUUGAUUAAUCACUGUGGAACAUUAUUUUGUCAAUCUUUUUCAUUCUGUUGAUUAUACAGUUGUUUUUGUUUUGUUUUUAGUCAU